UACAACCGAAAAAUCGAACCGCUACAGAACAACAAAUUUGUAGCAAGCGGUACAACUGAACAAAUGUGUAGCACUGAACACUGGAUAUAUUAGGCAAGUCUGCUUGUACACUUGGCUACAAUUUCAUCCAAAUAAUGAACUGGAUGCACACAUGAGCAAUGAACUAAACAUUCAGAUCAUGCUUGUAGCAGCAAGCAGUACUAUAAACAUUCGAUCUAAUAACCAUCUGAACUCUACAAUUAGUUCUUGUUUCAGCUUUAAAACGCUUUGGCUCACGCUCACGAUCGGGGUUUGCCCUUUCCUUCUAAUGCCCUCUUUGGAACAAACAAAUCUGCAUGAAGUCGCCUUCCGAUCAAAUUUGCUUAAGUUGGUGCAUCUUUUCCUCGCAUCAAAACCUAUGUGACCUCCAUAUUCUACCCAAAACACCCAAGCCUCAUCUGAAUCUCUGAAUCUCAUACCAACUUGAGGUAUCCUGUUUGCUUUAGUUCACUGCUGGGCAGAUGAGAGGGGGGCAGUUACAAAACACCCAAAACCCAUUAAAUGAAAGCUGCAAAACACCCAAGCCUCAUCUUGCUAGAGGCAAGUCACUGUAUCUCAGUCACCCCUUCUUUGCUUCUGCUUGUCACCUUUAAUUUUGUGUGUUUAUUGUACACAUCCUAACAUAGAGAUAGUAUGCCUACCACCUGCAUGCAUACGAGUUAAAGAGGGAAGCAUGUGGCCUCUGCUGUAGAUCUGUGCAAGCAACAACAUUGAUGCCUUUGCAUAAUUUUCUGUGAUACUACUCCCUCCGUCUCAUAAUCUAAGACGUUUUUUGACACAACACUAGUGCCAAAAAACAUCCUGCAAAACUACAAACAAAAAUAGUGAAAAUAAGCUCGUUAGGAGCCCAUCCAAAAUCGUGCAUUAUGGGACGGAGGGAGUAGAUCCCAAUUAAUCUUGCAUGUGCACCCAUGCCGAUGUUAAUUGUCAAGAUAUGGCUGGCUCGACCACUAUACAUGUUGAAAAAACACCCACGCCUUGAACGUAUCCUAAUGUCUGAAAGUUGGAUAGGCUGGCCCUUAUGUAAGGACUAUAUAACCCCCAAUUUUCAUGAAAUGCAAGAUGCUCAUUGAAUGAUAAGAAAUCAUAUGGUUUGUGGAACAGAAUCAUUGAAUGAUAAGAAAUCAUAUCGUUUGUGGGGAACAAUCACAACCAUGAUUCACUAAUUUUCUCGAUACAUCACCAAAAGUAGUAUGAAGUAUGAACAUACCAAUUAGGGUCAACAAGAUUCAGUGAUCUUGUGCGCCCACACUAUAGACGGGCGGAUGGAUCAAUCAUCACAGGCUUUUUUUUUUCAAUUUUAACCGGGGGGGAGUUUUCCCCACCUGAAUCUUUUAUAGAUGUAUAGACCCAAAGUCCAGAUGAAACAGCAGUCUCACAUACAAGUCGAGGGAGAGAGAGGUGGGACGGGGGAGCGAAGCCCAGAGGGAAGGGGCUCAGUCGGGUAUCACAGGCUUUGUGGUUUACAGACACAGGGAUAAAUCAAAUGCGCAUCUCUCCAUCAGGUUCAAUGCGAGCGAGCCAAUUGCUGCAGGGCCCAUGGACCCAUGGCACCCGCAAGUGCUAUAUAUACACGGCAGUACGUGAGGGUGAGACACAGCAAAGAUAAAGUACCUUGGCCAUCAUGAGCAUAGGCAUUGCCCGAGUUGCGGCGACCGCUCUCUUCUCAUGCUGCUGCCUGAUGGUUGCACUUCCAGCUACCGCUGCUGCGGCCAGAUCAGGUGGCAGCAGUGGACCGCUGUACAACGCCAUCUUCAACUUCGGCGAUUCGGGGUCCGAUGCCGGUAACUUAUGUGUUGAUGGCCGGCCCGGGCCUGCCAGCCUGUUGGGCAUUUUCACCCGUCUCCCCUACGGUGUCACCUAUUUCGGGAAGCCCACUUGCCGGUGCAGCGAUGGCCGGGUUAACAUCGACUUCCUGGCGCGAGCGUUCGGGCUGCCAUUCCCCCUGCCAUCCAAGGCGCCCCGCAAGGACUUCCAGCGAGGGGCGAACAUGGCCAUCAUCGGCGGCACCGUACUUGACUACAGCAACGCCAGCCUCAAGUUCACUGCCUACGACGGCUCCAUGAACACCCAGAUCGACAAUUUCCAACAAUUGUUGCCUUCAAUCUGUGGAACACAGCAGAGUUGCAAGAUGUAUUUGGCCAAAUCCCUGUUUGUGUUUCAGUUGGGGGAGAAUGACUACAGCAUCCAGCUGGUGAAUGGAUCCACGGUAGACGAGGCCAGCAAGAACAUACCCAGAACAGUGAACACCAUCAUAUCUGGUGUGGAGAAAUUAAUGACACUCGGCGCAGUUGACAUUGUGGUGUCAAACAUCGCUCUGAUGGGUUGCUUUCCAUUUUACCUGAGCAUGUUCGAGAGCUCCAACAAAAGUGACUAUGACAAGUACGGCUGCCUGAGAAACCACAACGCGUUGUUCAAAAGGCACAACUCUUUCCUCCAGAGCAGCCUCCCAAAGCUUCAAAAGAAGCAUCCACACGCACGGAUCAUGUAUGCCGACCUCGCAAGCCACAUCUACCAAAUAGUGCAAGAUCCCAGAAAAUUCGGCUUUGAGACUGCCUUCAUGAGCUGUUGCGGAAAGGCCGGUGCACCGCAUAGAUUUGAUCUGUUCACCUUGUGCGGGAUGGAUGGCUCGAGCGUUUGCCAUGACCCAGCGAGCCACCUCCUCUGGGAUGGAAUGCACCUGAGCGACACCGCUAACAGACGGAUUGCCGAGGGCUGGCUCAGCGGCCCGUACUGCCACCCACCGAUUCUGCAGUGAAGGUCCUAGCUAAAUGGGUGCAUAUAAACACACAAACGGACUUUGGUAACUGUAUGCAUGUGUUGUCUGUACUUCCUUUGUAGGGAUAUCCUAUGUACCGAGAUUACAAAACAAUAUUGAAACAUGCUGUUUUCUGGUGCUGA